CGUUUCAUUUAUUCCGCCGUUGAAAACCACAAAAAGCCGCUGCUCUGCUUAGCUUCGGUGCUUCAAUGGCGACGGCGACGACGGUGAAUAUCAAACUUUCAAGAUCAAGCCGUAUCUAUCGCUCUUACGAACCAGUGGAAGGAAGAAUUGUGAUCAAAUCUGCGAAUUCGAUUUCGCAUCAAACGAUACGUUUAUCCGUCAAUGGAUCAGUCAACUUGCAGGUUCGUGGAGGAUCAGCUGGAGUUAUCGAGUCUUUCUAUGGAGUCAUCAAACCCAUUCAAAUCGUCAAGAAGACAAUCGAAGUUGGAUCCUCUGGUAAAAUCGCUGCUGGAACUACAGAGAUACCAUUCUCUUUGAAUCUGAGGGAGCCUGGGAUUGUAGAGAAGUUCUAUGAGACAUUUCAUGGAACAAAUAUUAACAUCCAAUAUCUAUUAACUGUAGAUAUACCACGAGGAUACUUGCACAAACCUUUGUCUGCAACGGUGGAGUUUAUUAUUGAGGGCAGUAGAGUUGAUCUUCCGGAGCGGCCAAUUCCUCCGGAAAUGGUCAUCUUCUACAUUACUCAAGACACUCAGAGACAUCCGUUGCUCCCAGAGAUUAAGACAGGUGGUUUCCGAGUUACCGGAAAAUUAGCCACCCAAUGCUCUUUGCAGGAUCCACUCAGUGGCGAGUUAACAGUGGAAGCAUCAUCAGUUCCUAUUACUUCUAUCGACAUUCACCUACUCCGUGUCGAGUCGAUAAUUGUAGGGGAAAGGAUUGUCACUGAGACCUCUUUGAUUCAGUCUACACAGAUUGCAGAUGGAGAUGUGUGCCGUAACAUGACUUUACCCAUUUACGUUGUACUUCCUCGGCUUCUGAUGUGUCCUUCCGUUUUCGCAGGUCCCUUCUCGGUGGAAUUCAAGGUCUGCCUCACCAUAAGUUUCAAAUCAAAGCUAGCCAAAGCACAACCGAAGUCAGAUCCAACUGCUCCCCGACUAUGGAUGGCACUGGAGAGAUUACCGCUGGAACUUGUCCGGACAAAGCGAGAUCAGUUUAGCUGCUAAAGAACAAGCUAACAUAUCAGGUCAAGGCAUGUUUCUUUGUUUGUCAUACGACUCAUACGCUUACACUUGGGAUUGGAGUUGGAUGCUUAUUGGCUUGCUCUGCCUGCCAAAUUUACGCGGUUUUUUUUUUGUGUCUGUACAAAUUCUGAUUUUUUUACCCUGCCAGUGUGUUAAGGUAGACUUCAAGAUGUUCCUACUA